AUGAACACCGCAUUCCUCUACACCGCCCUCGUCGCCAUCUUCGCGUGUGCUGCGCCCAUCGCAGCUCAAUGGGUUGACCCGAAUUGCCCAACUGAUAGGUGCAUGGUGAUUGGACUUCCAGAGAUUAGACGAUGCAUCAAGCAGUCUGAUGGGUCGCCUUGUAACGGUUAA